UUUUAAUUGUGUUGAACCAGUAUCAUUGGUAAUUCGUUGUGUUUAGUCAGAGUGGUGUUCAAUAGUGUUGAGUUGAAUCAAUCACACUAAUUUAGCGUUGCGUUAUACACAGAAAGAACUAUUGCGAAGAUAACCUACAGGAAAUAAAUACAUAAUAUAAUCAUGCAAGAAGAAGAAGCAAGGUUUCUAAAAAGGAAAGUCAAAGGUGGAACAAUUGAUGUUCAUCCGACUGAAAAUGCGAUUGUUGUCCAUUACGAGUUGGAAGCUAUGAUUCUUGGUGAGGGAGGUGAUCCUAUGAUGGGAGAACGAAAGGAAUGCCAAAAAGUAAUAAGGUUGAAAGCUCUUAAUGCAACUACAAACAUUGGAGUUUUUGCUAAAGAAAUUGUGGAGAAAUGUAAAUUGAUCCACCCAUCAAGGAUUCCUGAAGUUGAACAGUUACUAUAUUAUUUGCAACAAAGAGGUGGCAAGGACACAACAGAAAAAAAGAAGAAAAAGGAGAUUGAUCCAUUCGACAGUAAUGAAUUUGAUGAGUCUGCUAACUUGAAUGAUAUUGAAGAAUAUAUGGAAAUGCUCUACGAAGACACCCCAACUAAAAUUAAAGGUUCUGGGAUGAUCUUACAAGUUGCACGGAAUCCAGACAAUUUGACUGAGCUUGCACAAAAUGAAACAGUGAUGAGUGCAUUAGCUAGAAUAUUAAGAGAAGAGUGGAAAUCAAGCACGGAACUGACAACCAACAUUAUUUACACUUUUUUCUGCUUUUCAAGUUUUACAGAAUUUCACGAAGUUAUUGUGCAUCAUAAAGUUGGUGCUUUGUGUAUGCAUAUUUUGGAACAGGAGUCUCAUAAGCAUGCUCUGUGGUUAGACGAGCUGGCAAAGAAGCAAAAGACUGUUGAAACUGAUCCAAGUAAGAAGAAAGAUUACGAAAGAAGUUACAAAAAGUAUCAAAAUCUCUUAAAAAAACAAGAUCAUUUACUACGAGUUGGUGUGUACCUGUUGUUAAACUUAGCUGAAGAUUCAAAAGUGGAAGUAAAAAUGAAAAAUAAAAAUAUUAUUCCUUUAUUAAUUGGUUUACUUCCACGAAAAAAUCCUGAACUUCUCAUAUUAGUUGUUUCCUUCUUAAAAAAGAUGAGUAUAGUUCGUGAAAAUAAAGAUGUUAUGGCAGAACACAACAUUAUCGAAAAGGUUGCCCAAAUGAUUCCCAAUCAUAGUGGUGAUUUGUUGAAUAUAAUAUUGCGUUUACUUCUUAAUUUAACGUUCGAUACUGUGCUUCGUGAUAAAGCUGUUAAAUGUGGACUGGUACCGAAGCUUGUUGAUUUCAUUGAGAUAGAGCAGCAUUGUGUGGUUGUGAUGUGUAUUCUGUAUCACAUUAGCAUGGAUGAAAAGUAUAAAUCGUAUUUCAGUUAUACUGACUGCAUACCAAUGAUAAUGAAAUUGAUCUUGGCAUCGCCAGGUGAUAGAAUUGAGAUCGAGCUUAUAGCUCUGACAAUCAAUUUAGCAGCCAAUAAAAGAAAUGCUACUUUGAUUUGUGAAGCAAAUGGUUUGCGUUUGUUGAUGAGAAGAGCGUUGAAAUUUAAAGACCCUUUGCUAAUGAAGAUGAUUCGUAAUAUAUCGCAACAUGAUGGUCCGACCAAAAGAGAGUUUAUCAAUUAUAUAUCUGAUUUGGCAAACAUCAUAAAAAACUUCAAAGAUGAAGAGUUUGUAGUGGAGUGUAUUGGAAUUCUGGGAAAUAUUAAUAUUCCUGAACUUGAGUAUUCAAUGAUGUUGAAAGAAUACGAUUUGCUGACUUUCAUAAAAUCAAAAAUCGUUCCAGGAGCUGCUGAAGAUGAUGUCGUUUUGGAGGUUGUUAUAAUGACAGGUACCAUAGCCAGUGAUGAAGGCUGCGCUACAAUGCUCUCCAAAUCUGGUCUCAUUCAUGAUCUGAUCGAAUUGUUGAGAGCCAAACAAGAAGAUGACGAGCUCGUUCUACAAAUUGCAUAUGUAUUUUAUCAAAUGGUAUUUCAUCAAGCGACGAGAAAUGUUAUCGUUAAAGAAACUCAAGCCCCUGCUUAUCUCAUCGAUCUCAUGCACGAUAAAAACGAAGAAGUACGAAAAGUAUGCGAUAACACGUUAGAUAUUAUCGCGGAAUGCGACGAGGAAUGGGGUACUAAGAUUCAAAUUGAGAAAUUUCGUUGGCACAACUCCCAAUGGUUACAGAUGAUUGAGUCACACGCAAAUGAUCGAGACCAGGAGAACAUUUACUACGACGAAGAAAAUCCCUAUCACACAGAUAUUUUAGACCGUCCCGAUCUUUUCUAUGGCAACCCUGAUGACGUGUUAGCAGACGGCGACAUGAGUUACCCUGGUGGAGCUUACAUGGAAGAGCCGGACGGAUAUAAUGGUUACGGAUGGAAUGAUCCUACGAAUAGUUUCGAUGCUUCUGCUGUUCGAGGCAUGUUGUCGGACCCUUACGACCGACCGUCGUCCGCGCAUGGCAAACGGCCCGGUAAUAUGACGCGGCACCGACCACUCGAAGGAUACAACAGUGACGAUGGUUAUGACGACGUCGAUAUCGAUUAUCCAAGCUAUGGCCAUAACGAUCCGUACGCGUAUGGUAGCCGACCAGAGGGUAGAACCGGUGGAACUUAUGGAUAUUAAAUGGACUAUUAAACAUUUAAUGUUUUUUUUAUUCGUAUGUAGUUUUUUAUUAUACAUAUUUACUGCUGCAAGCGUGUUCGUAAAAGUUAAAGAAAGUGGAUGCGAACUCUGGUCUAUUAACGUGACUAAAAUUGUCACAAAACCUCAUCCUUUUGGACUUCUGGAAACUUUUUGGAAAUUACGGAACAAGUUGGAAAACAUACAAUCGCAUGAAAAAUUGGUCCGAUUGCGAUGACAUCCUGAAUUACAAUGAAACGUAAUUUUAAAAAGUUUUAUGACGGUGGAUGUGAACGCGAACGCGCUAAAACGUUUCAUCAAUUCCAACCUUUAUCAAUUAAACAAAGAUUUCACGGCGUCGUAGCAACCGUGUGUGUUGUCUAUCAAACGUAGCUGCGUAUACGUCAUAAGUCAUGUAAAAAGCUUCAUCAAGUUUAUUAUUAGAAAAAAAAACACACCCAACGCGUUCUAUUCCCCAUUAUUCUAUCAUUAUUUAUUUAGAACUCUGUUUUUAUUGUAGAUGUGUAAUUUCUUUUUUAUGAUAAUUUCAAAUAGCUGUGAAUAAAAUCCCGAUGUAAAAUUUUUAAAUGGAAUGCUACUUAAAAACUGUUGAUAUUAUGAAUUAAAAUUGUACAUAGAUAUGAAACAA